AUGUAGCGGAAUGACGUCAUUUACUUCCGUUUCUGGGACAGAAAGAGGUGGAAGAUUUUCGUCAGGCUCAUCUGGUCGAGAAACGUUCGUCGUGCUUCACAUUGCGACGAUAGUACCAGGCAAAAUGAAGUUAUUUGUUUUCAUUUCUUUGGUUCUCUUUCUUUUCUACAAUGGAAGAACAGCAGUGAAGGCAAGCCUGAAUCCUAGAGGGAGGAAUGUAUGCAGCAGGCAAUAUACCUACAAUACUUAUCACCCAGUGCCACGGCAACGAGUUCAGUACCACAAUUACCGCACUUGUUGCAAAAGAAAAUGGGGAAUAUGCUUGAGGAGAUGUACUAGAUACAGGACAAGCUAUGUGACUUACUACGUCAAUCAACUGAAGGUGAACCAAGGCACCUCGUAUUUUUGUUGCACAGGCUACGUUAGAAGAGGAGAUGCUUGUCCUCAACCGGUAUGUCGUCCUCCAUGCGAAAAUGGUCAUUGCAGUUCACCAAAUAAAUGUUUCUGCAGGCCUGGAUUUCAUGGAAGCUUUUGCCAGCAUGAUAUAAAUGAAUGUCAAAAGAAUCCAUGCCAACAAGUAUGCAAUAACCUUAGAGGGAGCUAUUCGUGUUCUUGCAGACGCGGAUAUCGAAAAGUUAACAGUAGUCCGCAAGAUGGAAAGUGUCAGAAUAUAAACGAAUGUCUUGCAACGAAUCGGUUAUGCACAUGUGCAGUUGGUAGCACUUGCAAGGCUCAAUGUGUGGAUACGAUAGGCAGCUAUCGGUGUCAGUGCAACCAGGGAUAUCAACUAGUCAAUAGUAAAAUAUGCACAGAUGUGGACGAAUGCAAAACUGGUAAGCAUCAAUGUGAGCAGAAAUGUGUGAACAGCCUUGGAAGCUUCAAAUGCGCUUGCAAUGCUGGAUUUUGGUUGCGAGGAGACAAGAAAACAUGCCACGACCUCAACGAGUGCCGCAGAGGAAACGGAGGCUGUGAGCAAAUUUGUACAAAUAUUGUUGGAAGUUACAGAUGCAGUUGUCGAAGUGGAUACACGCUUGCGUACGACAAAGCGAGCUGCACAGACAUCAAUGAGUGCUUGAAACUUAAGCCUUGUGAUAAAAUAAACGGUAUUUGCCGAAAUACAAGAGGCAGCUAUCGAUGCACAUGCAGAGCUGGGUACGAAAUUGCCAACAAAAAUCAAUGCAAAGACAUUGAUGAAUGUAAAGGUGCAAAUCAGUGCCAGCAUUACUGCAAAAAUUCAGUUGGUUCUUACUACUGUACUUGCAGAGCAGGCUAUGUGCUCUCGUCUGACGGUAGAAACUGCAAAGAUGUUGAUGAGUGUAAAGAAGGACUACAUAACUGCGAUCAUACGUGCAUCAACACAAUUGGCUCGUACAAAUGCAAAUGCAAACCUGGAUUCGUGCUUUUAGAAGACAAAGUAACUUGUAGAGCAUUACCUUGCAAAAGACUUGCUAGCCCAAGAUAUGGAAAUGUUCGUUGCACUGGCCAAACCGUCGGCAAAAAAUGCAGGUAUCGUUGCAAUGCUGGGUAUAAAUUAAUUGGAAGCAAAACAAGAACAUGCCAGCUUUCGUCAAGAUGGUCUGGAAAUACUGUGAGAUGCCAACCAACGGCCUGCUCCGUUCUCCGCCCUCCAUUACAUGGUUAUCUCGAAUUGCCGUGCAUCGAACAAUACAAUUCAUCUUGUAACGUAAAAUGCAACAGGGGUUUCACUCUUCAAGGAAAUGGCGAAGUUAAAUGUGGCAUUGUGAAUAGCAAAGUGGGAUGGAUUGAUAACAAUGCAACAUGCAAAGAAAUAAAGCUCUGUGAGCCAAAUCCUUGUCAAAAUGGUGGAAAAUGCCGAUUGAAAUUGAAUUCUGGGUACGAGUGUGACUGCGCUGGUACUGGAUUCGAAGGAGAAAACUGUGACGUGGGAUCUCUGCGCAUGCCCCCUUUUCCCCGGCUUGUUUAUGGAAAAACAACAAAGUCGAUCAAAUUAAAUGCCAAACCAUCCAGUGAUCUAACGAUUACGCCGCAGUCAGUGAUUGGAAAUGUGCAAUUCAUCCCAAAAAAACUUCAAAUAAACCACCCAAUGACAUCUGUGAGAUUCAGAGUGACACCAAAGAGCUCUGGGCUGAUAAAGAUAUCAUAUGCUCUUUCCGGAAAAAGCGCCAAACAGUUUUCAGGAAUACCAGACACCUUUGUUUACGUUGAACCACUUGAUGCCUCUGAAAUUGUCACAAAGAUUCCAUCGAAGACAUAUACAAAAACACAAUGCUACAAAUUCAAGCUUGAUCGAUGCAGCGAUUCUAGAGAUAUAGAACUUCUAUCCUCUUGCCCAUGGUUGUCAAACGGAACGGAAGGGUACCAGUCAAUUGCAAUUGGUGACGUCAGAAUCCCUUUGUCUUUAGCCGGUGUGACGCUACCAGAACAAGGUUUAAAUGCAUGGAUGUACCGCAAGAAGGGCUAUUUAUCAGUGAGUCGAGAGUUGGGAAAUGUAUUAAAGGGAGGAGUGAAAUUUUGUUCCAAGGAUAAAGCUUGCGAAAAGGAUGUCUUCACAAAAGCAGAGCAUCGAUUCGUUGUUCAACAGAACAUUUUUGCGAGGUCUCAUUUGCAGGCCCUUUCGCAAAUGUUUCCUCAAUGGAUGAAAGCAAAUAUUGGAUUGGAUUAUAAUGGAUUUCAUUUAAGUAAUAUUCAGAGCUUGGUUUUGAAAGGCCAUCAAAUACCAAUGUUGAAGAUCUGCGAGCAUUUUCCAGCAUCGAUGACAUCUGGUGUUUUUGCAGUACAACUCCUUCACCUGCCGCUGACAUUCAGGUCUCUUAGUUUCGAGUCAACUACCAAAAGCUCCUACCCAUCAUGCAUUGCCACUGAUUUAUGCAACAAGAUUGCUUAUGUAUCCCUUCCCAAGGACAAUAGUCUAGAUCUUUCAUCUGACUUGAAAGCAAUGGGCAUUGACAACAUGCAGCUGAGAAUAUAUGGAUUCGGUUUCUCCACCAAAGAGUUCGACUCAGUAUGCACAAAAGGCAGCCCUCGUAAUUGUCUCUCGGGGAAUACAUGGCUAAAAAUUUCAGGAGGUUUUUCGUUCAAACAUAUGGAUGUGUCAUUAAUCGGCGAAGCUUCUUUGAGAAAUAGUAAUUUACAAGAGGCAGGUUUCGAUGGAUUUGCAAGUGAGACGAAGUAUUGGUUUAGAGGGAACCUGCUGUCCACAAUGUCCAUCAAGGUUGGUGGGGAGACGAUCGAAUUUCAAGUAGAAGAUAAAGCUGCGACAGGCUUUGGCUCCUUUGGUCCAACGACUACCACUUCCAGUCAAUAUGGGUUCACAUUCCGGUCCAAAUCACCUGUUUGGAUUAAGCAAAAGACAUCUUUGGUUUCCUUUCAUCCGGACCAAUCUUCAAGAACAUUUGCGACUCGUUUGUUGUAUGGGUUGAAAGGUGGGAGAGUUGUCGGUGUGAGCAACCAAGCCAAAUUGCGUUCAAUCGUCCGGAGAAUAACAAUGUCAACACCUCGUGUUGUGCAGAGUUUGAUGAGGUCGCUUAGAGCGAAAAAAAUGACGUAUAAGACCGAGUAUGAUGCACUUGAUAAAUUCAAUAAAGUAGCUACUUCCCUGUUUAAGUCAGUUGGCAAAAAGAUGACCGGAUCUGCAUGGAGUUACAGAGAUAUAUAUAAAGGAAUCUCUUCUUUGAGGGACUUGACCGUUACAGGACUUGACAUUGCUGCCCUACUGAACAACCGUGUUCCAAUUCUAGAGAAAAACCUUAUAAGGAAAAGAUCAAUUACAAACCAGGUUAAUUUUUUGAAGAGAACUCUGAAACUUUCAGGAAAUUUAGUUGCCGUUCCAAAAACGGCCGAAUUGUCAGAGAAUUAUGCAGGGAAGAUAAUAAGUUUUGUUGGAAAGUUGUGUUUCCAUGCUUUGUGUUUCAAUAAUUUGAAUGUCACAAUUAAUGAUUCUGGAAGAAGCCAGAGCUCUGAUAUGUUGCCUAUAACGGCCAUUUUUCGAACGAGUCAGACAAUAGGAAACCAGUUCAAGGUUUCGAAGGGUACAAAAAUGAGUGCCGUCGUUUCGAAAAGUUUGAAUUACUUCAAAGUGAGCUUUGAUGCAAAUACAAAACUUUUCGAGAAGGAAAUCACUACAAAGAUAGAGAUUGUUACUGACAAGGUCGGUUUCUUAAUAAAAGGUUUUAAACUUCUUAAAGAUGUUGAAUUUGAUGUCGAGGUGGCUGCUGUGAACUCAAAAAAAGCAAAUUGGCAGAAUUUAUUUUUUAAAAUAACAGGAAAAGCCGGAGAAAGAUCUUUGAUUGCAAGCAGUUUGGAAGAGCUCAUCAAAGACUAUGUUUUCGUAACAUCGAAACUGGUGGAAGAACGACACAGGGAUGCUGCUAAUAAGCUAACAAUUAUCAAUAAAGAAAUUGCAGGUUUGAAAAAUGACGUUAAAGAAAAGAAAUCAGAAUUUAGGAAGGCAGAAAGGAAUUACGAAUUGUUCAAAGCUGAAUAUCGUGACUGGGCAAAUAAAUUGAAUUCUGCUACAGAAAAGUUCAAUUCAUAUCGUGUAUCAGAUUUCUUCAAGAACAUCGAGAAGAACCUGGUAAGACUGUUUCCUCUAAAAAAAUGCGAAGAUACUUGCAUCUCAGUACCUGUUUAUUGCAUUUGCCAAGAAUCUGUAAUGGUGGAUGCUGAUACACUUGAAUGCGAACUCAAAAGCAAGCAAGUAAUAACAACAGUUGCGGUACCAGUAAGAUCAAAGUGUCACUUGACUGACUACCGAUUUACCCCAAUUUACACAGGAACAUGCAGAAAGGGUGGUGGUAGAAGUUUGUCUGGUGCUUUAGGUGCAAUUGGAGCCGGUAUUGGUUCGUUUUUUACUCCAUUAGGGGCUGUCAUUGGAGGGGCUAUAGGCAGUUUCAUAGGAGGUCUGUUUGGUUCGUCAUGUAGCGAGACAUACGAAGUCUAUAAAGAGGUUAUAAAUCGGCAGGUCGGUUGUACUUUGAGUACGUUCGAGCCGAGAAAAACGACUUGGAAAGAAGCAAUAUGCUUCAACAAGGUCCAAUCUGUGCUUUCUGGUUACGGAAAUCCAUCAGAGUGUGGAUGCAGCAACAGCAACUACUCUUGUGUUGUAGCACAAGAUCCCGUGUGUUUGGCUGACAAUGUGCGCAACGUUUCGGCAAGAAGGGCCUACGUCACAACUCAAAUGCAGAACGCUGGAUCUUACAAUGACAGCUUUGACAAACUGCUCAUAGCAGAAGCCGGAACGCGGAAUGCAUUCAAAAAAUUUCUUCAAGCGGAAAAGAAGUAUCUAUUUGCCAAAAAGAACUAUGAAAAAGCUGCCGCUGUCGUGAAACAGAUUAACUUAGAAGUCACUUUCACGAACAGGAGUUUGAAUAACUUUGACGAAAACUUCGCUUUAGAAAAAUGCUUCAGCAGGGUUCAAAGAAAAGUUAACGCUAGGCUGUUGAUGAUUAAAGGUCUCAAGUUCGAGGCAUCGACAGCGGCGAGGGAGCAGUUACUUUGCACGGUGACGACAAAGAGGGCAGAUGUAGGACAUGUAACAGAUAAGCCACUUUUAUUGGAUUUACGCGAUUUUAAUGUAUCCAUGCUAAAUGGUGCAAAAUUAAUUGCAAAGCAAACAUUUUGCGAGGAGAAGAUAAGAGGCAGACGAUCCGUAGGCGGGAAAGAAAAUGUUGAAUUUAAAGAUCUCUUUGUGCAGAGCGACUCAGAGAUACCGAAAAAUGCAACACUGGCAGACAAAGCUUGUUUGGUUUCAAAAACAGCUCUAAAAUUUGUAGAAAGAGCUUCUGCUGAAAUUUUAACCAAAUUGAAAAAUUUGGCGAAGAGGCGCAGUGAAAUCACAGGAUCGUUGAAACUUAUAGAUGGGAAACUUGGAAAAAUCGAUAGCUCUGAGGUGCAAGACCAAAAUGAUCUUCUGAAGUCGCUUCAAAGCGAGCUUAAAGUGGAUAAUGAAGGAUUCAGUGAAAGUAAGUUGCUAAAAGAGUGGAUAAAGAGCAUGGAAAUCAUAACAGGUGCAAAUAACCUGUCCAGAUGCCUGAACUUCGAAGACUGCAUCAAAGAAUCAUUAAAACAGUUGUACGAGCUUCCAAGCAUGGUAACAAUUGACAAGGAAGAGUUUAGGUUAUUAAUUAAAGAAGCCCAAGGCCGUUUCAUUGAACUGCUUGCAAGCAAAUUUAGCAGGUCGCUUUAUGAAACUGCAGCAAACAUCGGUAGAGUCGUCAAAAAGAUCGUCGAUGCUUCUGCCUUUUGCGAAAGGGCUCCUUCAGUGCAUAUAAAUCAACCUACAAGGGUAGAAAUAAAUUCCGGAAGUAGCCUUAUAUUCAAAUGCAUCGCCAAAUCAGAAAAGCUGAAUAUCAAAUACAGCUGGACCCUGAAUGACGUUAUGCUGCUAGCUGAAGAUUCUGAUGUUUUAAAUCUCGAAGUUGAUUCCAGCAGGCAAGGGGCAUACAAAUGCAUUGCUUCAAAUAUGGCUGGAACCAAUUCUUCUCAAGAAAUAUUUGUUGUUGUGAGAAGGAAACCUCAAUUUACCAGUGAGCCACAAGACUUUUUGUACUAUUCGUCGAUGCCUAGGCAAAUUUCACCAUUCUUCACGUGUAAUGUAACGUCUGACCCCCCUGCUUUGAUUUCUUGGCAUUUUAAAGGAUUCAAGUCUAACAAUGAAGUGCGGUUGGCCUACACCCAACCUGUUCUGCGAUUUGUUAGACCAGAAAAGAUGGAUGCAGGCUUCUAUUAUUGCAAAGCAGAGAAUAAUGUCGGCUCCAUCCAAAGCAGAGCAGCCAGACUCGAUGUACUGAAAAGCUCACUGCCUAAUCAGGUCGUUACUUUGAAAUACAAGGUAGAUCAAUCGCGUGGAAGGAGUGCUGGCGACAAAGAUUGGUUUGCAAAGACGGUUGCUAAAGAAGGCAAUUUCACCGAGACACAGCAGCUAAAUGUAUCAUACGAGUACAAAGGAAAGCAAGCAAUGAAUGUUAUUGUAAAUGUCGUUGAAAACCUUGACAGUGGCAGAGGAGAAGCCAGUUUGUCUGAGAUAGAUAUGCUUAGACGGGUCUCAAGAUCUCGUAUAGAUCUAUCAAAGAAAAUAGAGAGCGUCGUUGAAGCCUUUAAGCCUUCAAGAGGUCGAUCAGCCAGCGGCGGUGGGCAAAAGCUGCUUGACCUUGGUUUUAAUGGUGAAGUUUGUCAACGUGGAUAUAGAAUGCACGAGAACGGCUUCACUUGUCUGGAAUGUCCAGUUGGCACCUUUGAACAAAACGGCAAGUGUCACAAAUGCUAUGUUGGUACAUACCAGGACGAAGCUGGAAAAGUAUCAUGUACACAAUGCACUGCAAAUCAAGUUACAAAGAAAAGAGGAGCAGUGAACAAAUAUCAUUGUGUUCUUCCAGAGCUGAAAAGUUCAGAUAUUCUGUUUGUUUUGGACACAUCAACAAGCAUCGGUAGAUCCAACUGGAACAAGGUGAAGAUGUUUGUGAAAAAAUUUGCUGAAGAAUUUGCAAGCAGGGACAAAGACUUGCGCCUCGGAGUAGUAACCUUUGGAUCAACGGCCAGAUUGCGAAUUCGCCUAAAUUCUUAUCAUAACAGUGAUUUUAAACAGAGAGUGGAUUACCUCCAUUAUUAUGGAGGCCAGACGAUGACCUUUUAUGGACUUCUCAAUGCAGACCGAGAAUUUCGGCGUACUUAUAUACCUGGCAGGAAGAGAAUAGUUUUUGUGAUGACAGACGGUAAAACAACUUCGUCAAGAAGAACUUCAGGCUUCACGCUAGUGAGACAAACAUCCCUUAAACUUCUUAGGCAAGGUAUACACGUAAUCGCCAUUGGUGUUGGAAACAACAUCAAUCCAGCAGAGUUAAAAGCAAUGGCGUCCUUUCCAAAACUUGAUAACAUCAUCCAGUAUAAGCAUUUCGAUCAGCUGAUAACAGCCUCAAAAAAGAUCGCAGCAGAAGCUUACAAAGGUUCCUGUAGAUCACUCACGAAAGAUAUAGCAUUGGUGGUAGAAGCGACAAAUGAAAUAUCACCUGGUCAAUGGCAGAGCACAAAGAGAUUCCUAAAGGAACUCUUAACAAAACUUGCAUCGCCCAAAAACAUGAUUUCCUUAUCGAUGUUUGACAAAGAACUUCGCAUAAAAAGACCAUUCAAAGAGGUAUCCAAUGCCGCAGAGAUCGAAGAUUUAAUGAAAGUCGUUUCCAAACGGGGAAUAAAAGGUUCUAUGAAUUAUCGAUCCAUAGCCGAGAGGGUUCACAACGAACUCGUGACAGAAAUCUAUGAUGCUGUAUCUCCGACUAAGAUUGUUGUGUUUGUUACAAAAGAUCGGUUUAAUCGCAGAAUAUUAAAUCAAUUUAGCCGUUAUUACCCGAAAGAGGAGGUGAAUUUCUUGACAGUUGUCAUGGAGAAUGGGUCAACAGAAGAUGAUUUGUCCCUUGUUUUUGGGGACGAGACAAGCUUUACGCUGGGACAGCUACCCGCCUUGGCUACUGUUAUCAACAACAUCGACGCAGAAACACGAAAUUGUGAAGAUAAAGACAGUCAGUCGGCUUGAAGAAGCUUCAAACAUUCAUAUCAAAUUAAGAAUCUUAUUUUUGUAGUAUAGUUAUCGAUCCUGCUUUUUUAUUUUAGCAAGUAAAGCUAGUUUUGA